CAUAUGUUUUAGAAAUAAAAUUCAACUUGAAUUAAGGGAACUAGAUAAACAAUUUAAAUAUGUAUCGCAAUAUGUUUGUCAGUCGAAAAAGGUUAAACUAGGUUUUGGUUUUAAAAUAUUUUGAAUAAGAUAAAUCUGUAUCUGUUUAUACUGCGACCUUUUUGAUUUUAAUCAAAUAAUCCUUUUUAAUGCCGGCUUGAGCCCUGAAGACGAUCUCCGGAGGAAAUUGAAAUAUAUUGGGAAAUAAUGUAUUUGAAUGUGUUUUAAUACCAUUAACACCCUGACCUCAAGCCGGUAUUAAAAAGGAUUAUUUGAUUAAAAUCAAAAAGGUCGCAGUAUAAACAGAUACAGAUUUAUCUUAACCACGGAAGGCACGCCGUAAACAUAAGCACCAAUAAGGAUGGUUUAUGCAAAGCUUAAAAAUACCCAAGACAACAAGACAAAAAAGGCCAUCAACAGGUUUAAAACCGAAUCCAUCCAGAUGGCAAAAUUAAAGUCUAGCAUAAGAUUUUUAUUAAAAUGUAGGAAAGCGAAGAUUAUACCCAAGUUUAUACAAAACAUCACUAAACUCGACUACAUAUUUACCAUUGACAACCACAUACCGAAACAUAUAAAACACGUACUAGACAGACACAAAGACUUUUUCCACAGCAAAAUACUCAGUAUAUUGAUAAAAUUGAAACAUGACAUUCUAAGCGAAAAAGAUAAACAACUAAAGCGUACAAAGACACAAUUAAGCCAAAGAAUGCAGAAGGAGGACGCCACAGUGUUCUUCGAGAGCGAACAACACCUUACAAUCACACGACCAAAACAUUGGAGAAACACGCAAGAAUCAAAGUUUGAGCAAUUGAGAAGUGAACGAAACAUAAAAGUGAUACAAAAACACAACAACAACAAGCAUUGGUUGGUGAAUAAAACAAACAAGGAGUUCCCGCAGGAUGUUGAAGCGCUGCUCGGUAAAGGUCCAAAGUUCGCUCUACCAAUAUCUAAAAGUACAUUUCCCCUCUUCAAAUGUAUAGCGGAUGGAGAAGAAUUAGUACAGAGCGUAAAAAACAAAGAGAAGCAGGAAUCUGCGAGAACAAAAUUAUCAUUACUUAUAAAAGAUACUUUAACAAGGCAUAAAGGGAAUACAACGGAUCUGGCCAUAAAUGAUACAGUGGAGCGGACAAGAAAAUUUCUUAGCAAAAACAAAGACAUAAUUAUUUUGAAUGCAGACAAGGGUAAUGUAACGGUUGCAAUGGAGAAAAAAGACUAUCGGUCGAGAAUGGACAAUUUAUUGGGGGAUUUAAAAACUUAUAGAAUCCUACGUCAAGACCCGACGCUACGUUUACAAACUAAAAACCAUUAUCUGGUAGACAAAUUGUAUAAAUUAGGUCUUAUAAAUAAGAAGGAAAAAUACAAGAUGACCACACACACAGCCCUCUCGUCUCGCAUCUAUGGUUUGCCAAAAGUCCAUAAAGACAACAUGCCCUUAAGGCCUAUUGUUCAAUGAUCAAUUUUCCGUCCUACAAUUUAUGUAAAUAUUUGACUAAUGUUUUAAAAAACCUGACAACAGAAUCCAUAUUUAAUGUAAAGAGUGCAAUAAAAUUUAAAGACAAGGUUAAUGACUCCUAUAUAUGUGAUGAUGAAAGUCUUGUUUCAUUUGAUGUGGUGUCACUAUUUCCAAGUAUACCAACGGAUUUGGCUAUACAGACUAUACAGACAAAGUGGAAUGACAUUAAGGAACACCAGGAUAUACCAAAAAAACUUUUUAUGGAAAUACUGACCUUUUGUAUCUCAGAAAACAGAUAUUUUAAGUAUGAAGAAACAAUUCAUACACAAUUAAAAGGACUUCCGAUGGGAUUUCCAGCAUCACCGAUAGUAGCCGACAUUAUUAUGGAAGAAAUUUUGACCAAAGUGACAAACACGAGAUUACUUAGUAAAUACGUAGAUGAUGUGUUUGCCAUAGUUAAGGAGGACGAACUGGAAAAAACAAUGAAUACACUAAACUCAUAUCAUAAGGACAUCAAAUUUACGAUGGAGUUAGAAGCAGACAACAAAUUACCUUUUCUGGAUUCUUUGGUAUGCAAAAUGGACAACAAAAUAAAACUUGACUGGUAUCAGAAGCCCUCAUCUUCAGGACGCAUGAUAAAUUUUAAAUCGAAACACCCGAAGAACAUGGUAAUAAAUACGGCAAAAAACUUUAUCGAUAGAGUAUUAGACACAAGUGACGUAGUGUUUCACACGGAAAACAAAAAACGGAUAAUAAGCAUACUAAAAAGCAAUGAUUUCCCAACUGUACUGAUACACAAGAUGAUAAAAACACAUAAAUCAAGUAAUAAUACGAAAAGUGGAGAAAAAACAGCAAUACCGUACAAAUCGGUAGUUUACAUACCAGGUUUCUCAGACAGAUUAACAGCUUCAGACAUAUAUGACAAGGAAAAUAUUAGAAUAGCUUACAAACCCGCCCAUACAACUGGUAUGUUUUUAGCAAUAUAAAGAGCAAAGUGACAACUAUGGACAGAAACAAUAUUAUAAACAGGAUUCCAUGUGCUGGUAAUGAAAAUAACAAACGUGAGAAAGAGUAUGUAGGAACAACAAAGAACAAACUUAGAACAAGAAUAUCAGGACACCGAUGGGACAUAAAAUGUAGAGCAUCCAUUAACACAAAAAAAACUGCACUAGCGGCCCACUGUGCAGAGAGCGGACACAAUCCCGAUUUUGAAGCUGUGAGCAUAUUAC